AUGGAGGUUGUUGGGAUCCUUCUUGGGCCGAUCAUUGAGGUGUUGCUUGACAAAUUGGUCUCUGGUUCAGUGUCAAACUAUGCCCGUCGAGAGGGAAUCGAUCGUCAGUUGAAGAAAUUGGAGAAAAUGUUGCCGGAUAUUCGGGCUGUUCUCGCCAACGCUGAGGAGAAGCAAACCACAGAUGAUCGAGUCAAAUCGUGGAUGGAGGAUCUCACUGACUUGGCUUAUGAUUUGGAUGAUUUGCUCGACGAUUUCGCUACUCAAACUUUGCGAUGCGAGCUGAUUAUGGCAGAAUCUGAAGCUAGCAGCAGUACUAGUAAGGUACGAAAGCUCAUCCCAAAUUCCCAAUUUGUUGCUCAUGCUUCACUCCUCCUAGUGCUGUUAGGCUUGGUAGCAGUAUGA